AUGAACAUCAUCACAGUCUCCCUUUCCUCGCCCGCAAACCACGUCACGGCUCAGCUUUUCAACGCCCAGGAAUCUCAUCUUCCUUAUACAAAAUCCGCUCCUCGAUUCCACGAUUAUCUGGCAUUUUUAUCAACCACAAAAAACAAAAACGGAACCACAAACUAUGCCCCACGGGCUUUGGUUUACGACUUGAAUGGUGGCUUUGGAGGUGCUCCAAAAUAUGAAGUGGAUCCCUCCACAAUUUCAAAUGUUGAAGUCAUCAAUACUGCUCCAAGAGUACCCAAACAUGCCUUUCAAUCCAACCUCGAUCUGGGCAUUGACAACGCUCAACUUCUCUCUGUGUCAAACACAAAGUACUGGACCGACUACAAUAAACUCAUCUACAAACCGCUGUCGUGUGUUCUGCUCCAAGACUGGGAUUCAGGUACGCCGUAUGGUACCAACCGAAACUUUCCUCGGUUAAAGUUUGAUACCUAUUCAGUGGGAUGGGAAGAGUACAAAAAGUGCCAAGAAACCUCGAUAGACGAGUUUCGCAAAUACUUGGAAGAAUGUGAUCUUUUGCAGGGUGUCAGCAUGUUUAGCGAGUACAAUUCUGGCUGGGGAGGAUUCUCGUCUCAUUUAUUACUUGACUUAAAAGACGAAUUUUUCAACAACGGUGCCAACAAUAAGCAUAAUAUCUGGGUCUAUGGCCUCGCAAAAGACCACGGAAGAAUGGAUAUCAACCAGAAAUGUAGCAGUAUUGCUUCGUUUGUUGAGCUCGCCCACCAUCUGUCAUUGUUCUUCCCAAUACGCCCCACAUGUGAAAGCCAAAUUUUGGCGCCUGGUUUCGACUCUACAAGCGAAUGGCACCAGAGUUCUCUAACUUCUCUUUUGGUGAACUCGUUAUGGGAACUCCAAAGUCGAAAGCAGAGCCCUUCUCAUAUGGCAGAAUUUGAGGACAACUUGACCAGAGGCUCGAAUCGAAAUAUCGUCGGCGAGAUGUGUUUGAAGGCCAAAGUGAGCCAGAAGAGCCAAUCUAAAGAUUUUGGAGUUUUGGAUGUUCCGCAGGACCAAAUAUGGGACUUGAUGAAUUCCGUCAGUCUAGCCAAAGAACCAGCUUACCUCGAUAUGGGGUUGCUGAAUCUGAGCCACGAGUUUAGUCGAGCCAUAGUGCAAGAAAAACCUGGGGAAACUUCACAGAAAAAUGCCUAUACUGCUUCUUUUUCAGCAAUCACCAAAGGCUCAACUUUUCCUCCUACGGUCAACGGAAGCUCUUUCGUGUCGGAGUUUGCAAUUACUUCCGGAAUUGCAGCAACACUCAAAGAGAACCGCAAGUUCUUGUUGCGGAUCAAACACAAUGAAAAUCUUACCGAUCGCGAUGAGUUGAUUGAGGAUAUAAGUGCCAUGAUCGAAGAUUAUAAACAUGGCUACGACGACAGCGAUGAGGAAUUUGAUAUCUGA